AUGACUGAAGUCGAUGUCGUUUUGCCGGAGGGCGUGGCCGAGCCCACGACAAAGCUUGCCAGCGCAUCAAGUUCCCCAAAACAGUCCAAAACAUCGGCAUCAGCACCAGCAGAUGAUGAUGAGCAGCGAACGGAGGCGGUGUCGGAUGAGCUGGUGAUAGAGGAGGAUGAGGAGCAUGAGCAGCAGAAGGAGGAGCCCCUUACGGAGCCACCAUCCAAGGAAAAGCUGGAACUCCUGGCCUCCGGCGACAAGGUCAUCGCCAAAGAGGAUGUGGCCCAGGCCUCUCCACAAGCUCCAGCGCCCGAGGAGCUAAUGGAUGUGGACGCCAACGAGGUGGUGGAAGAGGAAAACGAGGUGGAGAACGAUGACGAGGACUCACAGAUCACCAGCAGCAGCUCCAAAGGGCCCAAGCUGGAUGAAGAAGACGAGGAGGAGGAGGCCACCACCAAUGGAGAUGGGGAUCAUGAGCCCGAGGACGAAGACGAGGCCGAGAAGAUCGGCAGCACGGCGGAAAACAGCUGCGAAGCCGAAGAUCCCCUGGGGGCAGCUACAGUUCAGGAAGAUCAGGUGGUCAGCGGGAAGAAACCCCAUCUGGAUGGCGAGGAGAGUCUGGCCAGCGAAGCAGAAGACGUGGUGGGGUCUGCGGCAAAGCAGGAGAAUGGCUUUGGAGCCAGCCCCAAGCAGAAGGAGAACGGCCAGGCCAGUUUAGCAGAGGCCAAGGCGGCAGUCGCCUCCUCCGAUGGCGGUGUUGUCAACCUGGACGAGGACAGUGACGAGGAUAUGGAAGAUAUUACGGACCACAAGGAGGCGGCCAAGCCCACCGAGAAGGCAGCCAAACCGGCCUCCUCGAGCGGCGGAGAAUCCUCCGACGAUGCCGUGCUGAUAGCUUCCGAUUCAGAUACAGAGUCUCCAGCCCCACCGCCGCCAGUAAAGAAACUGCCCCCAGCAGUCAAGGCCACGCCGCCGCCGCCGCCCGUGCGUGAAGAUGAGGACGAUGACGACGACGAUGAUUGCGUCGUGAUUGAAGACGACACACCGCCAAGUAUUUCACCCAGCGGCAAGCGCAAGAGCGACCUGGAUGACCUGCAGCUUCAGCAACCCAACCGCAAGAGGCAGCGCAGUUCGACGCCCUCGGGAAUGGGACAGCUGACCAUUAAGGAUGCCCGUUCGUUGAUGCCGCACGAUGGUAGUCCGAGCUCUGUGCCCGGACCACGAGAUUCAGUUUAUCCGGUGACCAUAACGAAUGCUGUGACGGGAGCGGCCACCAAUCUGGGUGUUGUGCCGCCAAAAUUGGUGCCCAUGGCGGGAGGUAUUAGUGUCAAUCCAGUGCAACUGAAUCCGCCGACGUUAUCGCUGACCGGACUGCCAAGCAUGACCAACAAUGCCAACCUGCUGCCCGGCCUCACUGACGACAUGUUCGUCCUGGAAGCGCCCUCCUUCAUUGUGCCCUACAUCUAUGAGAAGCCGCCGCACGAGAACAUCUGCGAGGUGGUCAAGGCCAUUGAGACCAAGUAUGCGCUGUCUGCAGAGGAUUUGGCCGAGGCGGACAAGGGUGACGAGUUCGACAUGAUGACCGAGCAGAACAAAGAGGACAAGCCAGCGGAUCAGAAUGAAGAUGGCGCCAAGAAGAAAAAGAAAAAACGAGGAGACGACGAGUCCUGGUCGGAACAGUCGGAUGAUGAUGACGACGAAGAUGAUGACGACGAUUCCGAGUCUGGUAUGCGCACCAAGGUGCUGAUCAAGGAGGCAAACGACGACCUGAGCGCCCUGAAGGUGGCCAUCAAACCAGCCGCCGCCUUAGCCACAGCGGGCGGAGCGGCGCUCAACAAUCCUGGCGGCAGCAAGCCCGGCCAGGAGAACUACUUUGAGAGUCCGUUGGGAAAGUUCUUCAUGGACAUUGGAGUGGGGCUGGUGCAAGAGUACGUUCAGGCGGAUCUCCUGCGACUGCAGAAGCGCAAGAUGCGCAAGGCGCAGGUGCAAAACUCCAAGGAGUUUGAGAUGGCCAUCAAUGCGCUGUCGGGCAACCUGCAGGCAUCCAAAACGAAAAACGCCCCCUUCAAGUUCCGGAUGAAGCGCUGUGAGUUCUGCAACUUCAAGUCGGAGUCCGCCAUGGCGAUGGCCAAUCAUUACGAGACGCCGCACAUGAACGGUGUGCUGUACAAGUGCAACUUCUGCACGUUUGAGAUCCGCAACGCCACGGAGAUCGUCUACCACAUGGAGGCGGUGCACAACAUCAAGGCGCGACUAAUAAAGCCACUGCCCUACCACCAGUGUCCGAACUGCGGUUUCGAGGACAACGGCAAGGCGAAGCUGGCGCGCCAUCAGCCUGUCUGCGCCAAGAAGUUCCGGCCGGAGUUAAAUCUGGCGCCGCCAAACGACUGGGAGGCACCGGCCAAGAUUCCGCGCAUCAAGCCACGUCAUGGUCUUGUGGGCACCGCCACCGCCUAUCAGGCCAUGGCAGCGCAGGCGGCAGCACAAAAGGCCGCUCUGGCCAACAUUCAACAGCAGCAGGCGGCGGCGCAGGCCAGGAAUAAUCUGCAAGCAGCUGCGUUAGCCGCCCAGAAUGCGGCCAAGAUGCGACAGCGAGCCCCGCAGCCACCCAAGCAGAACAUGGUGCGCAAUCCGGCGCCCGUGCGAGGAGGAAACUCGAUGGGUGCGGGACUGUCGUUGCCCAACAGCUACCAGCUGGCUGCCGGACAGCUUGUCCAGCAGGCAUCCAAGAAGCCGAUGGCCGGACAGCCCAGCAUCUCGAUAACGCCAUUACCUCGACAGAGCUCGGUGGGCGCCGGAGCGGGUGCGUCGUCCAGCAAGGCGCCCCAAGCGGCUGCUGGGAUGAAGCCCGGCCAGAGUCCCAGCGGCAACAACAAGGCGCAGUUUGUCAUCUGCGAGAUCUGCGAUGGCUACAUCAAGGAUCUGGAGCAGUUGCGCAACCACAUGCAGUGGAUGCACAAAGUGAAGAUUCAUCCCAAGAUGAUCUACAAUAGGCCGCCAUUGAAUUGCCAAAAGUGUCAGUUCCGGUUCUUUACGGAUCAGGGCCUGGAGCGGCAUUUGCUGGGUUCACACGGCUUGGUCACGAGCUCCAUGCAGGAGGCUGCCAAUAAGGGCAAGGAUGCCGGACGCUGUCCAGUUUGUGGAAGGAUGUACCAAUGGAAGCUGCUGAAUCACGUGUCGCGCGAUCACCACAUGACCCUGAAGCCCGCUCACCUGUCCUACAAAUGCACCGUCUGCACGGCGACCUUCGGCAUGUACAAACAGUUCGAGACGCACGUGUAUACCGCUCAUAGUACCGUGGCCAGAAAGGCGAUGGACAGCAAGAAGAACAGCGCGCAGUCCAGCGGGUCGGGAUCUGGGGCAGGGAUGUCGCGCAGUGCGCUGGGAGCGGCCAAUGACUCGCUGCUGAAGCCCCUUAAGAUCAACGAUGAGAUCACCAUCAUACCACAGCCCGCAUCGAAGCCACGCAUCACAAAUAUGGAGAGUCAUGUCAUAGAUUAAAAACCGUGUUGGAACACCAAAAACCUAAUCUCGCAAAGUUUGCAGCAUUGACAGCGCUUUAACAUUAGUUUUGUUUUUAAGCCGAACGCGACCUUGCCGCCCAAGGUCACACCCUUUUACUUGUGUAAGUCGAAUUGUAUAAAGAACAAGAUUAUAAAAGGAAACUGGACCGGAGAAGGAGGAGGAGUUGAGUGGAAAGCCGGAGUGUUGACCACCUGACCUGUGACCCCUGACUAAACUAGAGUAGCCCGCACUACGCUGCGGUUUAAUCACCAACACAGCACCAGCUACAGGAUCGCGAUACACAUAAUGCUAAACGGCCUAGAUACAGAUAGAGAUACUAGUUACGGAUUUUAGUUACAUACGUUUUGGAGUGUGCACAUAAGUUGAAGUUGUAGCUACUACUAAAAUAUACCACAUACAUACAUUUAUAUAUAUUUAACUAUAUUUAAAGCAUAUUAUGAAGCCGCCAGAGCGCAUCGUCAGCAUGAUGACUAUGUAAAUUAGUUAAAAACUAAACUAUUUAUACGAGAACUACGAGUAUCCAAAUGUGUGUUGCAGUAUGUAUAUACAUUUUGAAAAGGCCCCCCCCCCCCCACGCGCAAUUCGGCGCGCUUCGUUUCGUUCUCCUCUCGAAUCUUCUAGCUUAUUUGUGCGAUUUGUCGAUGAGGCGGAGAGAGAGUUACUCGAAGCGAGGCGAAUCGCUGGGGGGCGAGGACUCUUCUACACUGAUCUGAGAGACGUUCGACAUUUUAAUUUUUGUGUACAAGUUUAAACUUAUAUUUAUAUUACACAUUAUCUAUUAAUAUUAAAGUAUAUAUCAUCUAUUACCACCUAAGGCCCCCCAUGUACUACAGUUAUAAAGCAAAACCACACACAACCAACCAACAACAACAAACCAACCAACUGAAAAUGAGAAAAUUAAAAACCUAGUUAAUACAAAAAUGCUAA